AUGCCGGGCAAUGUCAGACUCGAGGCCGCAGGGGUCAAGCCAACCUUCACCGCCGAAGGCGACUCAUCUGGACGUACUGUGCUUGAAGAAAUCAAAGGAAUAAAAAUAAAGUUCCUAAAGAACACAAGGAACCAUGCUAUCGCAGAAAUUGAAGGACUCAAUGUAGCUAUCGCAAAUGCCAUUCGCAGGAUUCUAAUAGCAGAAGUACCAACACUGGCCAUAGAAACCGUCCAUAUAUAUCAAAACACCGGUGUAUUACAGGAUGAAGUGCUCGCACAUAGGAUAGGACUAGUGCCCUUUAACUGCGACCCGGAUAUGAUACCAUUUAGAAAUAAUGACGAUCUGAGUGACAAAAACAGCGUAUGCUUCCAACUUAAGGUCAAGUGUACCAGAGAGGAACUAGGCGACAGAACGAAUAUGCCCAUAUAUGCCCGUGACCUUAAGUGGGUACCUCUCUCAAGUGAGCAGGCUGAGGCAUUCCGAGAUAAUCCUCCCAUGCCAAUUUACGGCGAUAUACUACUCACCAAACUCUCAGCAGGGCAGGAAAUCGACCUCAAGGCAUACUUGGAAAAGGGAAUCGGAAAGACCCACACUAAGUGGUCACCAGUAUGUACGGCUGUCUAUCGAUUCAAGCCGGAAAUCACAUUCUCAAAAGAGGAACCACUUACUAGUGAAGAAGUGGAAGAACUCGUCAAUAUAUGCCCAAUGGGUGUUUUUGCAUCGGAAAACGGACGCAUCACAGAGAUCAGGCCUUACAACUGCACAUCAUGCCGUGCAUGUGUAGAACGGUUUCCGCGUAGGAUCAUCAUAACUAAGCUGUGUAACCAUUUCAUAUUUUCGGUGGAGUCAACCGGUGCCAUCCCCAGCGGACAGCUAUUCCUAAAGGCCAUAGAAGUUCUCAAGGAGAAAACGCUGAGACUCAAGCGACGAAUGGCGGAUAGUAUCAGCUACACUCCUUGA